AUGACCCCUGCUCUGGACGCCCAGGCAGGGCCAGACACAGGAGAUGCUCCGCUCAAGCAAGUGUCUCGGGGGCCGGAUGCCCAAGGUUUCGAGCCACUGGCUUGCGUCUCGUGCCGAGCCCGCAAACUCAAAUGUGAUCGAACCAGACCAGCUUGCACUCGAUGCACCAAAGUCCAGAACGACUGCGUGUAUCCCGAGUCUCGCAGGAAGCCGACGUUCAAGAGGCGCAAUGUGAAAGAACUCGAAGCCAGACUAGUUCAAGUCGAGGACUAUCUGAAAGAAGUCACACACAAUGGCGAGCAAGAAGGUCCAGAGUCUGGAGACUCCAACGGCAGCAAUGGGGCGUUCGACUUCAACGUACAGAAUGCUCAGGCCCAGCAGGGCCGCAUGGCAGACAUGCCUCUCAACAAUGGCAGCGCCGAGAAUCCUGCAUCGUUCGCUAAGUCGCAGCUUCUGGGUAUGGGCUACUCAGAAAGUCUGCCGCCUUUCGAGAUCAUGGAGGAGUUAAUCAACAUCUACUUCAGUACACAACAUCCGCACAUGCCCAUCAUUCACCCCAGCAGGUUCUACCAAGGGUUCUACGGCGGUGCGAUGCGGAGACCUCCCAUGUGUCUACAAUACAUCAUGUGGGCUUGCGCAGCACAGUUUCACCCCAAGUAUGAUGAAUACAGCGAGGUCUUCUACCAGCGAGCGCGGCAGUACAUGGACGUGGACGAGAUGAAGGCAAGUUUUCCGCAGCGCUGUGGAACCCUUUGCUUGCUUGUACUGAUAUAUGCGCAGGGCUCCGGGGAACAUUUUAUUACCAUGGCUCACGCUCAGGCGUACGCACUGCUCGCCCAGUUCGAGGCGAAAUGCAUGUAUUUUACCCGCGCCGCCAUGACUUCAGCCAAAUGUGUCCGUCUGGUGCAGAUGAUGGGCCUUGAUCGCCUUGAUGGUGAACAGGACGACCUGCCACCCGCACUUCCGCCGGCUACAUCGUGGAUCGAGAUGGAGGAGCGUAGACGCACGUUCUGGGGCGCCUUUGCGAUUGACUCUCACGCAUGCGUGUCCACGGGUUGGCCUAGCUUGAUUGUGAACGCCGAUAUCACCACUAGACUACCUGUUUCCGAGGAGGCCUUUACAUCUGGCCUGGAGCAGGUCGCCCCAUUUCUGGACGAGAUCUUCCAUGGCGCAACAUACGAGGGAUUUGCCGGACCGAUCGUCAUCUGCCGAAUAUUCAAGGGUAUCAUGCACCACGUACACCGCUCAAAACCCAGAGACCAGCCUGAAGACCUCCUCAACGGGGCUUUCUGGAAGCGCCACCGGGAACUCGAUAAUGAGUUUCUCAGCGCCUUCAUGUUUCUGCCCGAGCAGUUCCGCCUGCCUCGGAAUAUCCGAAACCCCAUGGCUCUGCACUUGAAUCUCAACCUGCAUGCCUCGGUCAUAUGUCUACACCAUGCGGCGGUGGAGAAAGCCGAGAAAUUCGGACACACGGACACAAUCAAAGCGAGCGUCGGCCGCCUGAAGAACGCUGCCGACGAGGUCGUGAGCAUUGCACGGCUCACAGCGCACAACACUUCCAUUUUCAAGAAUCCUCUCUCGUCUCUAUCCCUGUACUGCGCCACUACAGUAUAUGUUUACAUGGCCAAGACAGACAUUCGACAUGGCUUCGAUGCAAUCGACAAGGCCAACUUUGAAACGCUCAUCCAGGCCAUGGAGGCCAUCGCCCGGGUUCAUCAAAUCACCAGAGCCUUUCUACAGCAGGCGUGUCUCGACAUUGAGCGGAACGGCCUGCUGUCUGUCAUUGAAUCCCCCUCUCUGGACAAGUACAGGGACAGCUUUGGUAUGGCCGGCUCCAAUAUCCCCAUGUUGGCGCGCAGUUCAGUUGGCCGGCACACCAAGGUCCCUCCCGUACUGCCCGGGAAGCUACCGCUCGACAAACCGGAGGGUCGGGUGCGACCGGCGAAGCUCCGCUUGUCCAACCCGAACUGCAGCGUUGCCUUUGCUGACGACAACCACAAGGAUGGAUCGCAGGUCAGCUUCAACCCGUCCCUAGGGGCUGUCACACGCAACAUUGCUAUUGCGCCGACGGCAGAUCUCAAUAUGAUGUACAGCAACAAGCGAAAACGGCCAUUGGAUAUACCAGGUUCAUCGGGCGUCGUUGACUUGCCUGGAACGGACAAGACCAGCUUUGCAUCAAACGCCCUUCCAAAUAGAAACACCAGCUCCAAUCCCGCCACCACCACUGGAGGCCAAUUGGUCAACAACAUGCUCGGCUCCGUGGGGAUGGGUUCUCACAGCAUGCUAGGGAACAACAUGACACUACCAGAUCGAACGACGCCCUCAUCCUCCGCAUCCCCACUGCCGCCGCAGACCUUCUCCGUGGGACGUGCCGAGACACAGUCAGGAAGCAGUGAGGAAUCACCACAAGGCACGACUGGUCUCGGGAACACGGUCGAGGAGAAUCGUUUCGACUUCCGUCCCUUUGCAGGCCGUGUCGCUACGCCCAUCUGGCCAGACCUCACCGACGACUUCUUCCACGACAUGGUGCAGGACGCACUGUCCUCGCAGAACAACGGCGAAUCCCUCGACUUCUUUGGCGAUCCCAAUUGGGCAGGCGGACACAUGCCAGGCUGA